CUAGUUACAUUUUCUAUUUUAUCAGAAAAUAUAGCUUUUAUCAAAGGCAACACUUUGACUGGAAACGGUAUUGCGGUCAAGUUUAAAAUAACAAGCUUUAAAACUUGCAUGUCAUCUGAUAGUGUUUUAACCAAAUUGAUCCAAGUCUCGCUUCAGCAAUGUGUGGACGAAUGUUCCUCAAGAGCAGGCUGUCGAGCAGUCAACUAUUUCAGACAUUUUCAUUUGUGUGAACUACUUCCGAUUGAUGACGGAAAUCUUUACGAAAGUGGAGGUAAAAGUCAUGCAUGUGUGUUGGUAAAAAAGGCUGAUAUGGAUCUUCAUGAGAUACAGACGACGUGUACCUGUGCCACGAGGGAGUCGUGUGAUCUCGCAUCUCAUGCAAUAUGUAAAAUCAAAGAGUGCGAACCAGUUAACUUAGAAAAUGGACAGGUGUUUGGGAACAUGCUUUCCUUGGGGUCUACGGUAACAUUCGAAUGCGACCAGUUGUACAUAGAAGUAAAUGGGAAGAAUGAAGCAACAUGUCUCGCUAAUGGAACAUGGUCAUACUACCCUACGUGCAAACGAGAAACAGAUGGAAACAAGCAAUGCAAUGGUUGCAUACUCCCAAGAGAUUGUCAAGACAGACAAGGUCUUAAUGAUUCUUCACCAACAACACUGUAUGACAUAUAUCCUGUAGACAGUGUUGGCUUCAAAGCGCGUUGUGACAUGGACACGCCCCCUGGUGGAUGGACCGUGAUACAGCGCAGAAUAUCUGAUAGUGACUUCAGAAGAAACUGGGAGGAAUAUAAAGAAGGGUUUGGAAAUUUGAAUGAUAACUUCUGGUUAUACAUUAAACCACCAUAUUGGUUGAAUGUUGAACCCCGCAAUGACAAAAUAUGGAGAUUAACAAACGGGGGACAUUACAAAUUACGAGUUGACCUUGUAGAUCAGAACGGAGACAGGGGCUAUGCAGAGUACAGUUCAUUCUCCAUCGGAGAUGAAUCUUCUAAAUAUACCUUGAGUAUCUCAGGACAUAGCGGAACAGCGGGUGACAGCUUGAUUGCCAGGCAUAACGGAAUGAAGUUCAGCACUGUUGAUCAAGACAAUGACAUUUACAAAUAUGAUUGUGCAGCUGUUUAUGCAGGAGGUUGGUGGUACUGUAACUGUCAAUCUUCAAACCUGAACGGACCUUAUGGUAGUCAAGAUUAUAAUCGAGGAAUGACUUGGAAAGGUUGGAGAAAUCCAUCAGUGUUUAUGUCAUUUACAGAAAUGAAAAUACGACGGGGAUAGAAUGAAACUACAACGGGGCUUAUUUGUAAAUUUAGUUAAUUUAAAUGUUGAUACAGGUAUUUUAGAACACAAUUCCGUGCUAUAUUUCACAAUUUCAUUUCGUCAAAAAUCGAUAUUUUAUCCAAAACAGCUUUCAACUCAAGGCAUUACUAGUAUCUGGCAAUUUAGAGCUACUUGCCCACAGUUUGGAUGAAACUUUUCAACAUGUUCAUUUCCAACAAGUUACACAUAAGAUGUAUUACGUCACUGAAAAAUGAUAAAGUGGGUGAGAUUAAAAUUGGUUAUUGGUAAAAACGCAAGAACAAUGUUAAUUGUCUGCAUUAUUUCAAAAGUGUUGCAACGGUUUACUAUCUUCUGCACAAUAUUUUUGGUUAUUUCUAAGAAUAUCUUGCAAAGCUCUUACGUCAAUAAGUGUGUACCACUGGUCAAUUUCAGAGUAUUCACAUUUUCACCCUUUUAAUAUAUCUCGUAUGCACAAUGAUUUUAUGCAAAUGAUAAAACCACUGUUUGGGAUAUGUUGUUUCCAAAAUAAC